ACAUGGAGGCCUUGGGAGGAAGGCUUGGACCAAAGAUGGGCAACGCCAAGGGCAGAGAUGCUAGGAGAGCAGCCCACCCACCUGGUGAUGGCUGGCCCCGAGGGAGCCCCCAUCAAGAAGAAGCGCCCCCCUGUGAAGGAGGAGGACCUGAAGGGGGCCCGAGGGAACCUGACCAAGAACCAGGCGAUCAAGUCCAAGACCUACCAGGUCAUGCAGGAGUGUGAGCAAGCCGGCGUUGCCGCACCAUCUGUGUUCAGCCGCACCCGGACCGGCACUGAGACCGUCUUUGAUAAGCCGAAAGCUGGGCCUGCCAAGAGUGUCUUUGGCUGAGAA